GUAUUGGUACUGCCGAUGUUAGUCUCAGGCAGUGCUAUAUUUGUGAGAUCUUACAUUAAUUUUUUUCUUCCUUCUUAUUACAUGUUAUGUCACUUGACUGAUUAAGUCUUAGACUCUUAGGGCAUGGCCAACGGGCUGCCUCAAGGGUGAUGCCCCAUGUGCCAGCUCGGCUCGGACGAUGCGUUGGCAUAAAAGCUAUAGCCUGAAAACCAAAGCGGGGUGUGUUGGAAGAGAGUAGAAAGAGAAAAGGUGGAUUUCUCACAGAUUUCUCAGAGAGAGGGGAGGUGGCAUGUGUUGGAAAAGAGUAGGAAGCGAAAAGGAGUAAAAGAUGAUGGCAUCACAGGGAGUAGCUUGUAUUGGGUGAGUGUGGUACAAACCAAUAGCUUCAUUCAACUUUAACUACAUGGACAACUUGAGACCACACCAUACUAGUGCUUCCAUUGGUCAUGCCCUUAGUACCACGGCUAACUGGAAAUUUGUAACCACGGCUAACUGCAUCUCACUACUUUUCUCUUCAGCCUUUAUAAAAGAACACCACUGGCCUGACGACGUAACUAGCACGUACUCACAGCAUUGCUCUACGUACCACUCGUGAUGGCUGGAUUCGCCAGUCCAGCCCUCCUUCCACUCGUCUCUCUCGUUCUGCUGCUGCGCUCCUCUGCGGCUCAACACACGCUGGGCGCCGGCUCAUCCCUGUCGGUGGAAGACCACGAGCGGCCCUUCCUGGUGUCGCCGGACGCCACCUUCUCCUGCGGCUUCCUCCCAGCCGUCCACGUCGACAACGCCUUCUACUUCUCCGUCUGGUUCACCGCGGCCAAGAACCGGACCGCCGUCUGGACGGCCAACCCUGGCGCCCCCGUGAACGGCCGGGCUUCCCGUGUAUCCUUCGGCCACGACGGCGUGCUGGCCCUCGCCGAUGCCAACGGGACGACCGUGUGGGACAGCAAGACCGGCGGUAACAAGCGCCUCGCCGUCUCCCUUCUCGACGCCGGCAACCUUCUCAUCACGGACCCGGAAGAUUCCACCGGCGUUGCCGCGUGGCAGAGCUUCGACUGGCCGACGGACACGCUGCUCCCAUCGCAGACGCUGUCCAAGGACAAGAAGCUCAUCGCCGGCUACUACACGCUCUACUACGACAACGACAACGUGCUGCGCCUCCUCUACGACGGCCCGGAGAUCGCCAGCAUCUACUGGCCGGACCCGGACCUCGGCGUGUUCGGGAGCGGCCGGACCAACUAUAACAGCUCACGGGUCGGCGUCCUCGACGACGCCGGGGUGUUCCUCUCCAGCGACAACCUGCGAGCCGAGGCCACCGACCUGGGCGUCGCCGGCGCCAAGAGACGGCUGACCGUCGAGCAGGACGGGAACCUGAGGAUGUACAGCCUGGACGCGGCCGGAGGAUGGACGGUCACGUGGGCGGCGCUGAAGCAGCCGUGCUCCGUCCACGGGCUGUGCGGCAAGAACGCCAUCUGCGAGUACCAGCCGUCCCUCCGGUGCUCCUGCGCGCCGGGGUACGAGAGGGUGGACCGCCGGGACUGGACAAAGGGCUGCAACCCGACGUUCACCGCCAACUGCAGCGGAGCCGUGGCGCCGGAGCGGUUCAAGUUUGUCAAGGUGGCCUACACCGACUUCUACGGCUACGACCUCGGGUUCAACCAGUCCGUCACGUUCCAAUACUGCAAGAGCAUCUGUUUGAAUACAUGCUCCUGCAUCGCCUUCUCCUACCGGACGGAUGGCCAGGGCAGGUGCUACCCAAAAGGCCUCCUGUUUAACGGCUACACCUCGCCGGCGUUCCCCGGAAGCAUAUACCUCAAGGUGCCUAGAGGUCUCAACGCCUCGGCACCGACGCCGUCCGCGGGCCUCGACUGCAAUCAUAAUGGUUCCGGUGCCGCCAUCGUCCCUCCAUACGCGUACACGUAUGGGGCACCCAGCAGCCACACGAACUGGUCCUACGUUUUCGCCUUCGCCGCAGCACUCGGAUUUCUUGAGCUUCUCCUUUUCUUCGUCGCCAUGGCAUGGUGGUUCCUGUCAGGACAUGAGAGCAUCCCAUUCCCCAGCUCUCUGGAGGCAUCGGGCUAUAGGCUCAUCUUGGGGACCCAGUUCAGGAGGUUCACAUACCGGGAGCUCAAGAAUGCGACCGGGAACUUCAACGAGGAGCUCGGCCGGGGCGGCUCCGGCAUUGUGUACCGCGGCGUGCUUGACAAGGCCACCGUGGUGGCGGUGAAGAAGCUGACAAACGUGGUACAGGGCGAGGAGGAGUUCUGGGCGGAGAUGACGGUGUUUGGGAGGAUCAACCAUAUGAACCUCGUGAGGAUUUGGGGGUUCUGCUCCGAGGGGAAACACAAGCUGCUAGUGUACGAGUAUGUGGAGAACGGGUCGCUAGACAUGCACCUGUUCGGCGACGACGUUGGUAAGGUGCUGGCAUGGAGUGAGCGGUUCAAGAUCGCUUUGGGUGCCGCCAGGGGCCUAGCCUACCUCCACCACGAGUGCCUUGAGUGGGUCAUUCACUGCGACGUCAAGCCGGAGAACAUCCUGCUCACGCGGGACUUGGACCCAAAGAUCUCUGAUUUUGGGCUGGCCAAGCUGUCCGGGAGGAAGGCCAUUGGCGAUGGCGUACAACUCUCCCACAUGAGGGGGACGACAGGGUACAUCGCACCCGAGUGGGCGCUGAGUUUGCCGGUCGACGCCAAGGUCGAUGUGUAUAGCUAUGGCAUCGUGCUUCUGGAGAUCCUGAUCGGGAGCAGGAUAUCUGACCAAACGACUAACGGGGAUCGGCUGGAGAUGUGCCAAAUCGCGCAGGCACUGAAGAGGGUGGCGACGACUGGAGAGGUUGUGUCAUUGCUGGAUAGUAGGUUGGAUGGGCAAUUCAACCCUCGGCAGGCCAUGGAAAUGGUGAAGCUCUCCUUGGCGUGCAUGCAGGAAAGGAGCAACCGGCCGACCAUGGAUGACAUCUCGAAAGCUCUUACAGCCUGCGAUGACGAGGACGAGCACCCUGCCUACUUCCGGUGAAUUCGAUUCGUCACUAUAUUCCCCUGGAUCUACUUCUUGUAGCUUACAUCUUGUUCUUCCUAUGUUGUUGUACCGCUAUAAAAAAUAAUAAAAUAUAGAUGUGUAUAGGUUUUUUUUUGCGGGUAUUAAUGCAUACUCUAUUGACUAUUCUAUGGGUUGGCUUUUAGAUUGAUUGUAAUGGCAUGUCUACUUAAUUAUGAUAUAGUAUCUAUGCAUGCCUAACUGUUUACAACGAGAUUAAA